CGCGGGGCGGGGGGCGCGGUCGAGGCCCGGAGGCGGCGGCGCAGAAGGAAGCGGAGGAGGACCGGCGCGCCGAGCCCGGGGGAGGGAGAGCGCAGCGCCGCAGCCCCGGGCUCACCAUGCUCCUGGCCUCGGCCGUGGUGGUCUGGGAAUGGCUGAACGAGCACGGCCGCUGGCGUCCCUAUAGCCCGGCCGUGAGCCACCACAUCGAGGCGGUGGUCCGCGCCGGGCCCCGCGCCGGGGGCAGCGUAGUGCUGGGCCAGGUGGACAGCCGGCUGGCGCCCUACAUCAUCGACCUGCAGUCCAUGAACCAGUUCCGCCAGGACACGGGGACCCUCCGCCCAGUUCGCCGAAACUACUACGACCCGUCCUCGGCCCCCGGGAAGGGCGUGGUGUGGGAGUGGGAGAACGACAAUGGCUCUUGGACGCCCUACGACAUGGAAGUGGGCAUCACCAUCCAGCACGCGUACGAGAAGCAGCACCCUUGGAUCGACCUCACUUCCAUCGGCUUCAGCUACGUCAUUGACUUCAGCACCAUGGGCCAGAUCAACCGGCAGACCCAGCGCCAGCGCCGCGUGCGCCGGCGUCUGGAUCUCGUCUACCCCAUGGUCACUGGCACCUUGCCUAAAGCGCAGUCCUGGCCGUCCAGCCCCGGAUCCGCCGCCUCGCCCCCAGGCCCUCCCUGCUCCUGCCCGCAGUGCGUCCUGGUGAUGAGCGUCAAGGCGGCGGUGGUGAGCGGGAGCACUGGUCCCCUGCAGCCUCCGGCAGCCCGCAAGAACAUGCCCCCGUCUGGAGUGGUCAAGCUGCCCCCACCACCAGGACCUGGGGCCAAGCCACUGGACGGCACGGGCACCAUUCGAGGCCCAGUGAAGUCCGCCCCAUCGCAGCCGAUCCAGCGACAGGCCUCCAGCUCGCCCGCAGGGGCCACUGCGGGCCCUCCCACCAGCCCCCCAGGUGCCAACGGCAAGACGGGAAGGGUGGCCCUGGCGACCUUGAAUCGGACCAACCUGCAGCGGCUGGCCAUCGCCCAGUCCCGGGUGCUGAUCGCCUCUGGGGUCCCCACGGUCCCAGUGAAGAACCUAAAUGGGUCCAGUCCUGUCAAUCCCGCCCUAGCAGGCAUCACGGGAAUCCUCAUGAGCGCAGCGGGGCUGCCCGUGUGCCUCACCAGGCCGCCAAAGCUGGUCCUCCACCCGCCCCCCGUCAGCAAGAGCGAAAUAAAAUCCAUCCCAGGGGUUUCCAACACGAGCCGCAAGACCACCAAAAAGCAAGCCAGGAAAGGUAAAACCCCAGAGGAAGUGCUAAAGAAGUACCUGCAGAAAGUCCGGCACCCACCAGACGAGGACUGCACCAUCUGUAUGGAGCGCCUCACGGCCCCCUCAGGCUACAAGGGCCCGCAGCCCGCAGUCAAGCCCGACCUGGUGGGAAAGCUGUCCAGGUGCGGCCACAUCUACCACAUCUACUGCCUGGUCGCCAUGUACAACAACGGCAACAAGGAUGGCAGCUUGCAGUGUCCAACCUGUAAGACCAUUUACGGGGUGAAAACAGGCACCCAGCCCCCCGGGAAGAUGGAGUACCACCUCAUCCCCCACUCCCUGCCUGGCCACCCAGACUGCAAAACCAUCCGGAUCAUCUACAGCAUCCCUCCCGGCAUCCAGGGGCCAGAACACCCGAAUCCUGGGAAGAGUUUCAGCGCCCGGGGCUUCCCGCGACACUGUUACCUUCCAGACAGCGAGAAAGGGAGAAAAGUUCUGAAGCUGCUGCUGGUGGCCUGGGAUCGCCGCCUCAUCUUUGCCAUUGGUACCUCCAGCACGACAGGCGAGUCAGACACCGUCAUCUGGAAUGAGGUCCACCACAAGACAGAGUUUGGCUCUAAUCUCACUGGCCAUGGCUACCCAGAUGCCAAUUACCUGGAUAAUGUGCUGGCUGAACUGGCUGCCCAGGGCAUCUCUGAGGACAGCACUGCUCAGGAGAAGGACUGA